AUGAAGCCGUGCGAGGAGGAGGAGGAAGAAGGGGGAGCGGCGGCGGCCGGAGGCGUCGGGGACCCCUGGAAGGAUGCGCGGAGUGGCGGGCAGCUGGCGCUCCGUGCCGGUCAGAUAAUUAGAAAAGCUCUAACAGAAGAAAAGCAAGUGUCCACAAAGACAUCUGCAGCAGAUCUUGUGACAGAAACUGAUCAUUUUGUGGAAAAUUUAAUUAUUUCUGUUCUGAAAGAGAAGUUUCCCUCCCACAGGUUUAUUGCAGAAGAAUCCACUGCUGCUGGUUCAAAAUGUGUCCUUACCGACAGCCCAACCUGGAUUAUUGACCCUGUUGAUGGAACGUGCAACUUUGUGCACAGAUUUCCAACAGUGGCAGUGAGCAUUGGAUUUGCUGUUAACAAAGAGCUUGAAUUUGGUGUAAUUUACCACUGCACUGAAGAACGAUUAUACACUGGUAGAAGAGGUCAAGGGGCAUUUUGUAAUGACAAAAGGCUUCAGGUAUCAAAAGAGACAGAUAUCUCGAAGGCCUUAAUUUUAACAGAAAUUGGUCCAAAACGUGACCCUGCAACUCUGAAAUUGUUCCUUGGUAACAUUGAGAGAUUGCUCAAGGCUCAAGCACAUGGGGUCCGUGUCAUUGGGAGCUCGACCCUGGCUCUGUGCCACUUGGCAUCCGGCGCUGCAGAUGCCUAUUACCAGUUUGGGUUACACUGCUGGGACUUGGCAGCAGCGACUGUCAUUAUUAGAGAGGCUGGUGGCACUGUGAUAGACACUUCAGGGGGACCUCUGGAUCUUAUGUCCUGCCGGGUGGUUGCUGCGGGCACCAGGGAGAUGGCUAUGUUCAUAGCUCAGGAAAUACAAACUAUUCACUACAGACGGGAUGAUGAAAACUGAAUACUGACAGCGUGGAGUCUGCCCUCCUGAACUACGUAACUUUUGCCAGACAGGUGGCUUAAAGGGUAUGGGAUUUUCUGCAGGAUGUUUUCUGUGGAGAUCUUCUGUGUCAAAUAUUUUUUAUAAAUUUAUUACAAGGUUGAGAGGCAUAGGGAGAUUUUUAACCUCUUAAGAUUUGUGUUUCCUUUUUAAUAUGUAUCUAUUUCAGCAGUAUCUUUUUUAUAAGAUAGCAUAUUUUACUUGUAGUAAAUUAGUCUCAAAACUAAGUGGUAAUUUCAUAUCUGUGGGGCUGAUAGUCUUUUGUAACACGCAGCUAAAAAUGGAACUUUAUUUUUACAGAUGCAGAUCUCAGGUAAAUGAGCUUUGAACUGUAGUAAGGAUGAGCAGUUAAGAUGCGUGCCUAUAAUACCCUUGUUCUAUGAUACUUAAGAAUGCAGUAAAAGUGACAUUAUUGUUUCCUAACUACAUCGUAGUCAUAUAUCCAUAUAUGUAUAUGUACAUAUAUAUGUGUCUGUGUGUACCUUUGUGUAUAUAUAUACAC